AUGAGCGCCGUGUCCAAACCCCUUACUUAUUCCACCCAAAAUAUUAUACCCGAUAAGGAAGACACCAAGACGAAAUAUUGGAAUGUCCCGUAUAACAAAAAAAAAUCAGUGAAAAAACCCCUUAGUAUCAGAUUUGAUUCUAAUAAAGAGAAUAGCAUGGGUGCCAUCAACUCGAAAGUCACGGUGACCCCUGUUUCAAAGGAUGAAGUUAUUCCAAAGAAAAAUGAAAACGUUGAAACGAAAGAGGAAGUCAUCGUCACGAACCCUCCGAGUCCUCAGAGUCUCUCAAAGAAAAAUACCGAUAUUGAAGAGCCAUUACUGAAGCCCAAUCCGAGACGAUUCGUAUUGUUUCCUAUACAAUAUCACGAUAUCUGGCAGAUGUACAAAAAGGCCGAAGCAUCGUUUUGGACCGUUGAGGAGGUCGACCUAUCAAAGGAUAACCUCGACUGGGAAAAUAAACUUAAUGACGACGAGAGAUUUUUUCUCUCCCACGUGUUGGCCUUUUUCGCUGCCUCGGACGGCAUCGUGAAUGAGAACCUGGUGGAGCGCUUUAGCAACGAAGUCCAAAUUCCGGAAGCGAGGUGUUUCUACGGAUUUCAGAUCAUGAUCGAAAACAUCCAUUCGGAAAUGUACUCUCUCCUGAUAUUUUCCUACAUCAAAGACCAGGCGCAAAGGGAAUACUUGUUCGACGCCAUCGAGAACAUUCCUUGCAUUCGGAAGAAAGCUGAAUGGGCUCUUCGGUGGAUUUCCGACCGUCAAUCCUCAUUUGCUGAACGUCUCGUCGCAUUUGCCGCCGUCGAGGGAAUUUUCUUCUCGGGAUCUUUCGCGUCUAUCUUCUGGCUCAAGAAAAGGGGUCUAAUGCCGGGUCUAACGUUCUCCAAUGAGCUGAUCUCUCGUGACGAGGGUUUACAUUGCGAUUUUGCUUGUCUACUCUAUACUCACCUGCGCACGCGACCUUCGCAUAAGACGGUCUUGGCGAUCAUUACCGAAGCUGUCAGGAUCGAACAAGAAUUUCUUACCGAGGCUUUACCAGUAAAACUCAUCGGAAUGAACGCAACACUGAUGAAACAGUAUAUUGAAUUUGUUGCCGAUCGGCUGUUGGUGGCCCUGGGUUAUGAAAAGCACUACAAGUCUGACAACCCUUUUGAUUUCAUGGAUCUGAUUUCCUUACAAGGUAAAACCAACUUUUUCGAGAAACGGGUCUCGGAUUAUCAAAAGGCCGGUGUCAUGAGCAAGUCAUCGCACAGCAGUGAUCCGUCGGAAAAUAUUUUUACACUUGACGCUGAUUUUUAA